AAAGGGUAUACUUAAGCUUAUUGCAGUAGCCUUGUUUCUGUAGUCGACAUUGUUGUGACAGUUGCUGAGGUGGAGACCGGUCAUUUUCUAACCACAGUUACAAUGGAUGCUAUUCGGAGGACAAUACCAUACACACCUAAAGCACCCCUACGACAAGGAGUCAACAGUCAGGCUGUGGUGGUUGACCGGACCAUGUACAUAUCUGGACAGCUGGGAGUGGACACGGCAUCUGGGCAGAUGGUUCCUGGAGGGGUGCAAGCUCAGGCCAAACAGGCACUCACCAACAUGGGUGAGAUUCUGAAGGCUGCUGGGUGUGGCUAUGAAAAUGUUGUCAAGACAACUGUCCUUUUGGCUGACAUGAACGAUUUCAACAAUGUCAACGAAAUGUAUACGCAGUUUUUCAGCAGCAACUAUCCAGCCAGGGCUGCUUAUCAGGUUGCUGCAUUACCGAGGGGUGGUCUUGUAGAGAUUGAAGCAGUGGCUGUUGUGGGGCCCAUCACCAAUGCUUUCGGCCCAAACAUGCAUAAAUUGUAAAUAAACUGAAGAUAAAACUAAUAUCAUGCUUUUAGGCCUACAUAAAGGCAAAACAUUGUGUGGACAGUGGUCUUGCAUCAUGCCAUUCUUUUUAUGAGAACUUUAAUGUAUGCAAUUGUGUGUAUUCUCUGAAACUAUACUGGUACUUUUUAAAGCAUUGAGGCAAAGUC